AUAACCACGCCCCUCUUAACGGAUAGUUCCGCUUCCGGCUGCACCAGAUAAGUCGCGAGAGGAAGCUUAAAUCCUGUCGCGUUUAGGACCACUUCGGUUCAUAAUGGUCCGUAGUGGAAAAAAUGGUAACCUUCAUCUUAAACAGAUUGCAUAUUAUAAACGAACUGGUGAAUAUCAUCCAUCUACUUUGCCGAGUGAGAGAAGUGGCAUAAGAAGAGCAGCAAAAAAAUUUCUCUUCAAAGAAAAAAAGCUGUUUUAUGUUGGAAAAGACAGAAAACAAAAUCGUCUGGUAAUUGUUUCAGAAGAAGAAAAAAAGAAAGUCCUAAGAGAAUGCCAUGAAAAUGACACUGGAGCCCAUCAUGGCAUAUCCAGAACCCUUACUCUAGUGGAAUCAAGUUACUAUUGGACUUCUGUGACUAAUGAUGUCAAACAGUGGGUAUAUGCUUGUCAGCAUUGCCAAGUGGCAAAAAAUACAAUUAUUCUGGCACCUAAACAGCACCUUCUCAAGGUAGAAAAUCCAUGGAAUAUAGUUACUGUUGAUCUGAUGGGCCCAUUUAAUGCAAGCAACAGAAGUAAUGUAUAUGCUAUAAUUAUGACAGAUUUGUUCACAAAAUGGGUUGUGAUUUUGCCUCUGUGUGAUGUUUCAGCAACAGAAAUUUCUAAAGCUAUUACCAAUAUAUUUUUCCUAUAUGGACCUCCUCAGAAAAUAAUAAUGGACCAAAGAGAUGAGUUUAUUCAUCAGAUCAAUGUCGAACUUUGUGAAUUGUUUGGCACAAAGCAAAUUGUAAUUUCCCAUGCCUCCCAAACUGUUAAUUCAACUGAAAGUACACCUAAUACAAUCAAAACAUUUCUUUCCAAACACUGUGCCGACCACCCAAACAACUGGGACGAACACCUAUCAGUCGUUUCAUUUGCCUUCAAUGUAACUCACUUGGAGCCUACUAAAAAUACACCAUAUUUUCAAAUGUUUAAUCGAAAUCCUCAUAUGCCUGAGACUUCAGAUGUUCUUCAUGAAGUGGAUGAUGAUAAUACAAGUAUGUUUGCCAGAAUUCUAGGUGCAAUUAAAGAAGCUGAUAAAAUAAUGGAGAAUAAGACAAUUUCAGCAGACCAGGUGGAGAACAACAAUAUUGAUGAACUAAAUAAAACCAAAAUCAUUGUUAAAAAGAAACCAAAGCAAUUAAAUCCAUUUCAUCUAAAAGUGGGUCAUGAAGUUUUAAGACAAAGGAAAAACUGGUGGAAGGAUGGUCGUUUCCAGUCUGAAUGGGUUGGUCCAUGUGUCAUAGACUAUAUUACAGAAAGUGGAUGUGCUGUUUUAAGAGACAACACUGGGACUAGACUUAAAAGACCAAUCAAAAUGUCCCACCUUAAGCCCUAUGUAAGAGAACCCAGUGAACAAGGUUCAGUGGUGGCAGAUCAUGACUACAUUGGAUGGCCUGAAAUUCCCGUUGGAGCAUACCAAGCAGAUACUCUGGUAGAAGAUGCAAAUAUUGGCAUAGUUGAUAAUGACUUACUAACAUCAAGCAAGGAUCGUGAACUAUUAGAAUAUAGAAAUACCAAAAUAUCUCCAUUGAUAGAAGAUCACAGUGCUCUUGAAAAGCAGACUUUCAGUCUGUUGGACUCUUCCAACCAAGUCCUUGAGUACUUAAGUUAGUAAAUACCAAAAUUCAUUUAAAGUGCUUGCUUAGAAUGUGUAACUCCUUGAAUCUUGAUAUCUUUUCCAUCCUUAAAGGUUGUGUAGAAGAAUGUCUUGACAUGACACUCUUCAUAACUAAUCAUGAAGAUUUAUAACUAUUUAUUUAACUAAAGUUGUGCCAUGUUUGAAUGUAAUACAUCUAUGUGUGUGUAUAUACAUAUACAUACAUAUAUAUAUAUACAUAUAUCAUAUAUAUGCACAUAUACAUAUAUAUAUGUGUAUAUAUAUAUACACACACACACACACAUACACACACACAUAUAUAUAUAUAUAUAAAGGCAAAGGAAGCAUAUAAUAUAUAUAGAAGUCACAUUUCCAUGGAAAAAGAGAACAGGUAAAGCAUGUUUACUUCUUAGGAACUAAACUAAAUUCCAGCUCAAAACUCUGUCAUGUUUUUGGUAUUGAUACCAUGUUUUCAGUUUUUAAUUUUUGGUAUAUUCCAUCCCCCACCCCUUUAAAAAUAAGUUUGAACUACCUAGGAUGAGAUUAAUAAAUAUUUGUUCAACCAUAACAAUCAAUUAAGUGAAACUUCUUUCUGUGUCAUUGGAACUUGUAAAAGCAGUAUUCUAGGAAAAAAUUUAGAGUUUUAAUGACCUCUUACAGGACAUUGGUAAUUUCACCUUUAGGGUCUGAAACUAUAUUUUGGUUUGAAAGUAUCUGUGUAGUUCUCUAAGGUUUUUUGCAAUCUUCAGUAAUAAUGAUAACCAAUAUGAAAGAUUUUAAACUAUAAUUUCCAUGAUACUUAUAACUUCAUUCAAAUAUUUGUUAUAAAGCACUUUGAAGAAUACUGUGAGAAAAAUAAAAGAUGAGUUAGAUGUGUACCUUAUCCUCAUAAGGGAUUUACAGUCUGUAGACCAUAUAAGCCAUAUACAACACAAGUUACAAGCUACAUGCCGAAUUCCAUAAGAGAAGUAAAAAGAAUAUACUUAGGGAGGCAAAAAGAAGAGAGGUAAUUUUGGGUAAGAAACUUAGGUUUAUGCUUAUAAAAGAAGGUCAUUUUUUUAUCUUGACCUUGAAGAAUGUCUAGGAUUUGGUGAGAAGGUACAAAAGAAUAAGAGGAAAAGAACACAGAGACAGAAGAGUAUUGUCAUGAUUCACAGAAAGGCAGGGCUUUUGUCUGUAAUGCAUCAGGUGUAAAGUGAAGGAGUAAGGUAUGAGGAGAUAAAGCAGAAAACGGAGGUAGGAAAUCUCAUGGAAUGCUUUGAAUGCUGUUAACCCCAGUACCUCAGAAUAUGACCUUUUUUGGUAAUAGCGUUAUUGUAGAUAUUAACAUUGUUUAAGAUGAGGUCAUAUUGGAGUAGAGUGGGGCCCUGAUUCAGUAUUACUGAUACCUUUAUACAAGGAGGAAAUUUAGCACAGACUCAGAGAGGGUGCCAUGUGAAAAUGAAGACAGAGAUCGGGAUGUUCCUUCAACAAGGGAUGCCCGAGAUUACCAACAGACCACCAUAGAACAGUCUUCCUCACAGCCCUGCAAACAACUUCACCUCAGAUUUGUAGUCUUCAGAAUUGUGAGACAAAAAGAACCUUCUUUUAAAGCCACCUAGUUUGUGGCACUUGGUAUGGCAACCUCAGCAAUGUAAUACAAAUAUCUACUAAAUUAUUUUUCAUUUUCUGGGAGACUUUGAAGGUCUUUGUGUAGGGAAGUGUCAUGUUCAAAACUAUAUUUUAGGGAUUUUAAUCUGGCAGCUGGUAAAGAAUUAGAGGAGGAGAGAAGGAAAGUAUGAGGAUUAGUUGAUACAAUUUUGCAAUUACGGUGAGUAAUGAGAACCUCAUCUCUGCUGGCAGCAUUGGUAGCAUAUCUUAAGAUCUACAUAAUAGGUCACAGAUUUUAUACACCAGUCAAACAGUGGGUGAUACAUGAUACUGAAAGUGGAGACCUGAGGUACUACAGUUACUCAUUUAAGAAGAUUAAUUUAUGUUUAAUAUAGGUGAAAGGAUAUGGAGGAAAAUCGAUCUAGGAUCUCAUACCGAUAGACCAUGUAAAUUUCAGGUAAAAUGCCAGAAAGAAACCUUAAAGAAAAGAGGUAUCAACCAAUGAUACCUGUCCAGCUCCCAUCAGCAGAACAAAGUUCAUGAGGGAGCCACUGGGUAGUCUCUUUGGUGUCAAGUCAUCUUUGCUUAGCUCAGAUAAAGUAAUUCUCCUUCAAUGAUCAUCUGACUCAAAAUCAGCCUCUCUUCCCAUUGUAAAAGGGUAAUUAGAAAUUACAAUUACUAAACAUCUUUUAAAAAAUUCUGCCUCCCUUAAAUAAUUUCUGAUCAAACAGACCUUUAGCCUGUAUGCAUAGGUCAUGUUGGGUACACUAUUCUGUGUCUGGAAACCACCCUCAAAUCUUAGUGGCCUAACACAACAAAGCUUUAUUUCUCUGCCACCCUCUUUUUUCAUUAAGGGUAUGGCUUUCUUUUCACCUUCACUCCAAGACACAGUCUGAUGUAUCUCACCUCUGGAAUACACCCGUCACCACACAAGGGGAUAUAAAAUGGCGAACAGAGCACUACCUCUGAAAAGUCUCGCUGUGAAGUUGUGCACAUCCCUUCUAUGCACAAACCUAGUCCUACACUACUCAUGGGUAUGGGUUUAUUUUGUGGUGAUGACAAUGUUCCAAAGUUAGUGGUGAUGGUUACACAAUUCUGAACAUACUAACAUCCACUGAAACGUACAUUUCAAAAGGGAGAGUUUUGUGGUAUGAGCAUUACAUCUCGAUGCAAUCGUUAUAAAGAAAUUCUAAGCCAAGGUUUAAAAAAGAAAACAGCCCCAUAGCCACCCCUAAUACCAAAGGAUAGGUAAGUACAGUCCUACUAUACUCCUGGAAGGAAGAAAAUUAGAAUAUUGGUGGUUGGCUAUAGUAGCUGCCAUGCUCAUCUUUGCAAAUUCUAUUGUAGGACAUUUAUAGUGAAAGUUGUUUUUACUUCCUAAUAAAUAAAUACAAUCUGUUCCAGUAAACAGCUUUUAUUACUGAAAUCUCAGGUUUCUAAUGUAGAGUUUUCAAAUACAGAUUAUAAGUAAACAAAUACACACAGAAGAUAUCCACAAAUUAUAUGCACACACAUAGUCCUGUCUCUAAUGUUUGCAGAGCCCUGUCAAGGGUGAAAAUGGAGGUCCACAUACCAGACACCUAAAUAUUUAGAAGCUAUGAAUCAAGCUAACAAGACUGUUCCUGCCCCAAACCUGCCUCUUAAGGCCCUAGGAUUCUUGGACUCACCGCACUGAGUGGCAGAGCUGGGAGAGCUGGUCUCAGAGCGCCGUCCCGACCUGUCCCCAAAGACAACCCCCCCGGCUCCUGCAGAGGCACCCCUGGCCAGCCCAGGUAUCUGGAAUAUGCUCUCCAGCUGUCUGUCCAUCCUUCUGGGGACAGAGCAAGGAGGGGCAUACACGAGCUGGGACAGAGCUUAGCUUAGUCCUCAAGCAAGGGGUCCAGAGUGGGGUCCUCUUGCCUGAUUUAGAGGAGGUUUUCUAUAAGUAUAUAGUAAAAUUUCAACCCAAAAAAUUCUAGGAAUGUCUUUAGGAGGUUUCACAUGCCACCUUGUGGUAUUUUUAUGAACACAAAAGCAUGAUAUAGAAGGAAAUGGAACUGCUGAGCUAUGAAAAGGGGAAAAUAUAUUUUGAAUGAAGAUAAUUUCCUGAUUAGAAAAGUUAUUUUUAAAUAUUAUGAUCAACAUUUCUAGUGUAAAAUUUCUUAUAUUACCAUCUAAACUUACUACGUGCUUAGCUCUGGGAUUCACUCAUACACUCAAAAAAGGUGUGUAGUAAAUACCUACUGUGUUCCAGGUACAAUUCUAGCACUGA